AUGAGUUCCUAUUUUGUGAACCCUCUUUUCUCCAAGUACAAAGGCGGUGAGUCCUUGGAGCCAACUUACUACGACUGUCGGUUUCCCCAAAGUGUCAGCAGGAGCCACGCUCUGGUCUACGGUCCCGGCAGCACGGCUGCGGGCUUCCAGCACCCUUCUCACCACGUCCAGGAGUUCUUCCAUCACGGCACCUCCAGCAUCUCCAACACCGGCUACCAGCAGAAUCCCUGCACCCUGACCUGCCACGGGGACGCCUCCAAGUUUUAUGGCUACGAAGCUCUCCCCAGGCAGUCCCUUUAUGGUGCCCAGCAAGAGAGCAGCGUGGUGCAGUACCCCGACUGUAAAUCGACCUCCAACUCUACUACUAGCGAAGGACAAGGCCACUUAAGUCAGAAUUCGUCUCCCAGUCUUAUGUUCCCAUGGAUGAGACCUCACGCCCCCGGAAGACGCAGUGGAAGGCAGACGUACAGCCGCUACCAGACACUGGAGCUGGAGAAGGAAUUCCUAUUCAACCCAUACCUGACCAGGAAACGACGGAUUGAGGUCUCCCACGCCCUGGGACUGACUGAGAGGCAGGUCAAAAUCUGGUUUCAAAACAGGAGGAUGAAAUGGAAAAAGGAGAAUAACAAGGAUAAACUCCCUGGAUCUAGGGAAGAAGAGAAGACAGAGGAAGAAGGGAAUGAUGAAGAAGAAAAGGAGGAGGAAGAGAAGGAGGAAAGCAAGGAAUGA